AUGUCUGGAUCUGGAGGCUCCGAAGUGAGAACUCCAAUUUUCUCUGGUGAGAACUACGAGUUCUGGAGAAUCAAGAUGAUGAUGAUUUUCAAAUCACAUGGGUUGUGGAAUUUGGUAGAGAAGGGAGUUAAAACUUCUGAUUCGGAGAAGAAGAAGGCUGAAGAAUCAUUGGAGGAUGAUGUUGAUGGAAAAAUGGAUGUUGUGUUGAUGCAAGACGCAAAGGCUUUAGGAAUCAUUCAGAAUGCAGUCUCGGAUCAAAUCUUUCCUCGAAUUGCCAAUGCUGAGUCAGCGAAGAUGGCAUGGGAUUUGUUGUACGGAGAUUAUCACGGUGGUGAUCAGAAAGUUCUGAUUAGCCUUAGUAAACCAUAUGAUCCUAUCUGUCUUGUAAUUGAAAAUACGAAGAAUAUAGAGACUGUUGAAUUACAGGAGAUCCUUGCUAUCCUUAAAAGCCAGGAACAACGUUUUGAUAUGCACACUGUUGAUGCUACUGAUAAGGCAUUUGCCUUCUUCUCUUCCAGUGGUCAGAAGUCUCAGAAGAAUUGGAAUCCUAAGGGGAACUCAUGGGAGUCAAAAGGAAAGCAACAUCAGAAUAACAUUGCAGCAUAUCACAGCUUCAGUUCAUCACAGCCAGCAAAUCAAGAAGCUGUAAAGCCUCAGUGCAAAGUGUGCUCAAAGUACCAUUUUGGAGAAUGCAGAUACAAAGGCAAGCCAAAGUGCUACAAUUGUGACAAAUUUGGUCACUUGGCUAGAGAAUGUACUGCAGCUAAAAUAGUGCAAAAGGAAAACAGUGCUAGUCAAUUGGAGAUGACAUGGAAUUUAUUUUAUGCAAAUAGCACAGUCACAGGACCAAGGGUGAAUGGAGAAUGGUACAUCGAUAGUGGUUGUAGCAACCACAUGACAGGGAAUAUAGAAUUGCUUGUUGAUAUAAGAACCAACAUAGCUGGCAAAGUUCAAAUGCUGACUGGUGAUCUUGUGAAUGUAGCUGGAAUGGGCUCAUUGGUGAUUGAUACAAAUAAGGGCAGAAAGUAUGUUAGAGAAGUAAUGUACCUGCCUGGUUUAAAAGAAAAUUUGCUAAGUGUAGGUCAAAUGGAUGAGCAUGGAUAUUUCUUGGUGUUUGGUGGUGGAAUGUGCAGUGUGUAUGAUGGUCCGUCACUAGAAAGCUUGGUUAUGAAAGUGAAGAAGAAAGUGAAUAGAUGCUAUCCAUUGGCUUCAUUAUCUGAGAACCAAGUGGUUUUAAAAGCUAGUGUCACUCACUCUACUGAGACUUGGCACAGGAGACUUGGACACUUACACUUUGGUGGUGUCAAACAAUUGAGAGACAAGGAAAUGGUGCAUGGGUUGCCUCAGCUUGAAGACUACAGUGGAGUAUGCGAAGGCUGCCAAUUUGGAAAACAACAUAGAGAAGAAUUUCCAAGAAAUCAAGCGCAAAGAGCAACUGCUCCACUUGAACUGGUUCACGUUGAUCUGUGUGGACCUAUGAGGAAUGAUUCAAUUGCUGGAAAUAAGAAAUUCAAAGCUAUGACAGAGUUACAAAGUGGAUUCAAGAUUAAGUGUCUGGGAAGUGAUAGAGGAGGGGAGUUCAAGUCGUCUGAAUUCGAUCUAUUCUGUGAAAAGGAAGGAAUACAAAGGCAAUUCACUCUUGCAUAUACUCCACAACAAAAUGGAGUAGUGGAGAGGAAGAACAGAACAGUGAUUGAGAUGGCUAAAUCCAUGUUGCAUGAGAAGAAAAUGCCAUAUUUUCUCUGGGCAGAGGCAGUGCAUACGUCAGUGUACAUUCUAAACAGGUGUCCCACAAAGGCCUUAAACAACACCACACCUUUUGAAGCCUAUUCUGGAAGAAAACCAGGAAUAGCACAUCUGAAAGUAUUUGGCUCACUAUGCUAUGUUCAUAUUCCAGUUGAACGCAGACAUAAGCUUGAGCCUAAAAGCUUCAAGGGAGUAUUUGUGGGUUAUGCAACUUGUGAAAAGGGGUAUAGGAAGCUGCCUGGAAUUGGGAAGAGAACUCAGAGUCAAUAUCCCCCAAUGCUGGAAGUUUUUCAUGGUGACAUAAGCACAGGAAGCAAUGAUAGAAUGGUGUUGUCUCCUAUAUCAUCUACAUUAUCUCCACCUAGGAGAGUUCUUAGUAUUGAAGACUCUGAAGUUCAAUUCAAGUCACCUAUCUCAGGUGAAUCUGCAAGCAUGUCAAACUUAAGUGAAGGGCACAAUCAAGCAUUUGAUCAUACACCUUUGAAGUGGCGAAAUCUGAAUGAAGUGUUAGCUUAA